AUGCCCCCUUACUUUGUCUUGGCUGGCGACAGCACAACGGCUACCCAGUCGUCUAAUGGAGGAGGCUGGGGAGAUGGGUUUCUGAACACUACGCUGUUCAACGGGGCAUCGGGUCACAACUAUGGGCAUAACGGUGCAACAACAGUCAGCUUUCGAGCUGGUGGUGACUGGGACAACGUACUUGCGAGGGUCCGAAACGUUAGCCACGAGUACCAGCCAUUCGUCACUAUACAGUUCGGUCAUAAUGACCAAAAGGCGGCCGCAAACAUCUCGCUUUCCGAAUACACCGAGAAUCUACAAAGAUUCGUGACAGAAGCUGUCCAUGCAGGGGCAACCCCUAUUCUCGUGACACCAUUGUCAAGGCGCAAUUAUGACAACUCAACAGGACAGCCGGUGAUCAAGCAGGACCUCGCGAAUCAAACAGCGGCGACCAUCACUGCCGCACACAACACUGGCGCCUCGUUUAUUAAUCUCAACAAAGCCAGCACUGACUACCUGAAUGCUAUUGGGCCGACCGAUGCCUAUACCUAUAACUUGGUUUCUACCGAUUACACUCAUCUGAAUGUCGAGGGUAGCAUCGUUUUCGGUGGAAUUGUUGCCGAGUUGAUCCAGCGUGAUUUCCCCGAGCUGGAAGGACAUGGCUUCGUUCGGGUGGAUAAGACCUUGAGAAAGGAUGUUGAGCAGGGUAUUUACUACUGGCCUUGA